AUCUCCGGCUAUAAAAUGGUCGCUACCCUGCACACUCCAUCCCAAGCCAGCCAGCCAGCUCUCGCCUCCUCCACCAGCAGCCCAGCGCAGGCCACCGGGAGCUACCAGAAGCUCACGAACAGAGGGAGCGGCCAGAAUCUAGCAAUGGAGUACGGGUACCCCUACAACGGCUGCGGCGGCAACAAGGAGAAGAAGCCGCCGCUCAAGAGGGGGCAGCUCAAGGUGCAGAUCGCCAAGACCCUGCUGGGCAACCUCGUGGUGCCGGCCGGCGCCGGCGCCGCCAACAGGGAGCGCAGCUUCGGGAGAUGAGCAAGCUGCUGCUAGCUGAUAGAACACUUUAGAUGUAUGGUGUGUAGUGCUUGACAUAGGGAUUGUGAAGUGAGUUUUAGUUUUCUUCUUUAAUUUGGCAGUAGUUGGUGCCAAGUUUUGAUCCUUUGGUUCUGCCCCUUUUGCUCACCUUCAGGUUUCAGCUGCUUGAAUGCAGCUUAGAGCUCUGUUCUUUGGUGAAGCAAUGUGGGGAGAGAGAUGUGUAUUUCUCUGUUGUUUUAUGUAUGGUUAGAAGCAAUCUAUGAAAGGAUGUUUUUUAUGAUAA